AUGUACGCCGCUCAGAAUAUAACGCCAACAGUUUUGGAUGCCAUGAACGGAAAUGUUUCCGAAUGGUAUAACGAAUGCGACAAUGCCAUUAGAAGGUCAGAAAUAGUUCCUGGAACUUACGAAUAUACAACUGCUGUUUCUUAUGGAAACGUAGGUGAGUUUGGAGAAGGUUCUUCAACAACAGUAGAUAUUGCUUGCGACAGGUUUCAUAUUAUUUCUAUUGACAACUCAUUCUUAUACGUGGAACAAGACAUUGAAAUAAAACCUUCUGCCAAGUUGUCUGACAAGAAAGGUUGCAAUGGAAUUUUCUAUGUCGGAUACCAAUAUGCUCCAGAAGUUUUCAUGGGAUAUAAGAUAUAUUCUAACUCUGACUUAGUUCAAACAGUAACAUGGGCAAACUAUGAAUGGUUCGCUUUGAGAAACUCAGUACAACCACAAGCUAGAGAACAAACAGACCAGUAUGCAAAUAUUGAGAAAAUAAGAAGACUUGACCCUAACGUUCCAGGAGUUUAUGUUAACCUUUCUGGACAAACUGCAGCAGCAGUAACCAAAGUAAAACUGAAACUUAGAGUUCCUUUGUCAUCUUUCCUCAUCUUCAGGUUUUUAAGAUACUUGCCAAACUGGGCAGGAAAAAUUUCUAUCGAACUUACUCCAAGCAAAAAUAACUUAGUCAUUGCACCAACACAAGACCCAUUCACUCUUACAGACGUAAAGGGAACAAAUCAAACGUCAUUCGCCGAAUUUUGCAAAGACAAAGUUGACUUAGACUUUGGUUUCUCAAACUUCAACAAUGAAGUAAACUAUUAUUUCAAUGCUGCUGGAACUGCUUGGGACCCAGUUAAGUUCACAUGCGAAAAAUUUGAAUGCAAGAGAAUAGAAAGCAGACUUGCAGUCUAUAUGUUGGACCCAGAUAUUUCAAAUGCUUUAGCUGCCAAAUAUAUUGCAGUUCCACUUAU